AUGAAGAAGGAAGACACAGUGAAGUUGAUCAGUGCGGAGGGCUUCGAAUUUGUGGUCGACAAAGAAGCUGCAAUGGUUUCUCAGACCAUACAUAACAUGCUUACUUCUCCAGGAAGUUUCGCUGAGAGGGAGCACGGCGAAGUCACCUUUCCUGAGAUCAGCACCACCAUUCUCGAGAAGAUUUGCCAGUAUUUUUAUUGGCAUCUCCAAUUCGCCAGUGGGAAGGAAACGGAAUUUCCCAUUGAACCUGAAUUAACUCUGGAGCUAAUGAUGGCGGCCAAUUACCUCCAUACAUGA